GUUUUUUAUAAGAAUUGAGCUCUCCCUACCGCAAAUUGAUCGCAUAAAAUUGAGGACUGUUAGUGGUUUGCAUGCUGUAUAAUACCAGCGAGUUAAUUCUGAAGAUUGAUUCGUAAAGUUGUUCCGACCGAUUACGAAUCGCGGGUGUUGAGCAAACACUUUAAGUGCUCCGUUUCGUUGGUGACCAAUUGUUGUUGACCCUUCAAUUACCGUAAUUACCUUCGUUAUUAAUAAACGGAUAAUGAGGAUGCUGUCAGUCGUCAGUACGGUUGUAGCAACCCACGCAACACGUUGCAAUCUAGUAUUUUCUUUAUCUAGACCCGUGAACAAUUGUCCAAGCGAUGGAUCUCAAGUUCCUGUUAUUGUUAGCGAUAACCUUGAGAACCGCGUUCACUUCCGUCGGUAAAGUUUGCAUGGAAGCCGCGACCGAGUGCGCCAAAGUUAACGUUGAGGAGGUGGCGACACCGGCUAUAAACCUCGAGGAACUUGAGAGCAAAAUAUCGCGACUCGAGAGAAGACUGAGAGCCGUGGAGCAGCCAGUGUGGCAGAUCAGCGGAAGACCCGACGAUUGGGAAGUUUGCGCCGAAGGUCCGUGCAGAUGCAGGCCGGAAACAAGGUCGAUAUCCUGUUGGGGGAGGAAUUUUUUGGACGUACCACCAACACAGCUGGUGCCAAACGAUCUGCUGAAGUUGGACCUCGGAAGCAACCAGCUGACGGCCCUCCACAGAGACACUUUCUUGGACUUGACGCAACUGGUUCACCUGCUUGUAAUUAUAAAUUUCAGAGACCUGAGCGAUAACCAGAUCGAACACUUGCCGCUGAACCUCUUCUUCUCUCUUCACGCUGUCACGCAUCUCAGACUGAGCAACAACAUGCUGCGGGAGCUACACCGGAAUCAGCUACUCCGGAUGCGCCGGCUUCACAUACUCGACUUCUCCGCCAACAAGCUCAGCACCCUUCCCGCCACGCUCUUCCUGACCACAUCAACGCUGGUCAUUUUGGAUCUCUCUUCCAACCGCAUCGUUGCCUUGCCUUCCGGCGUUUUCAACGGCUUGCGAGACCUGGAGGAGCUUCUACUGACCAACAACCUACUGACCACGCUGCCCGGAACGUCCUUGCAGGAUUUGAGCAAUCUGGUUUCCCUCAGGCUCGAGGAAAACAGACUGGAAGACUUGCACGUUGACUUUUUCGAGGCCCAGAUCCACUUGAGGGAAUUAAACCUUCGGGGGAACCGAUUCACUCGAAUUCGUGACGGGCUUUUUAAGCGGAUGUCCAAUCUGGUGGUGCUGGAGAUAUCGGCCAACAGAAUAUCCCGUAUAGACCUGAAAGCCUUCGAGGGUCUGACCUCAUUGAAGGAGCUACAGCUCGGCCACAAUUUGCUAAGGACUGUUUCCCCGGGAUUGUUUAUGCCUGUUGGAUCUCUGGAGCGUCUCGUCUUAUACGCAAACGGACUGGCGGUCCUGGAGGCCGGAGCCUUCAAGGGUCUGACGAACCUGACGAUUCUUCUUCUGCACGCGAAUCACCUGCGAGUCGUGCAUCCAGAUCUCCUUCAGGAUACGCCAAACCUGCGAAAGCUUCAACUGGAAGCCAACUAUCUGUCCUACUUGCCGCCGCGGUUCCUGGACGGGAUCCCGAGCAUCCGUCAAUUGCGACUGGAGCGUAACCCCUGGCACUGCGACUGCAGUGCUGCCUACCUUUCCACCUGGCUUCGAAAACGGUACCUUGCUGGUCCCAGGGGAAACCACUUGGCCAGCAACAAGUCCAGCUUCUGGGAGUACGGCGCCGGCGCCGUUUGCCGAGGUCCCGGUGCUCUCGGUGGGAGACUCGUCGUCGAGUUGUCCUUUCACGAGCUCUGCGAAGGUCAGUGGGCAUCCAUGCGAGGUCUGGUCCCUCGAUUACCGGUCGAAUCGCCCACGACCACCUUGCCAUCGACCGUGCUACAUUGAUCUCAAAGUAUAGUUAUUAGGAAUUAGGAUCUUCAAGAUUCGAGACUCUAAGGUAUGUGUAUGAGAAUUGAUCAGUUUUUGGAUUAAAAUGUUAGUUAAACAAAA